GGAAGUUUACUGUAAGUAACAGAACGUAAGCUUCACCUCUUUCUAUCCUCACGGUCACGGGUCACAACAUCGUAAUGUUAUCAGUUGUUCCGAAAUUUUACAUUACAAGCCUCCAAAAUUGAAGCACACUUUAGUUGAGCUGUGAAUUCGUAUUGUAUAAAAAAUGGGUUGCAAUUACUACUGUCACUCCAUUUCUCAGAGGCUCCCUCGCUUUAUUUCUUAUACUCCAAUUUCAAUUCCGACUCUCAAAUCCCCAAUUUCCUCUUUCCGCCGCCGGCAAUUACGUUCAUUUGCCAUUUCAGCUGCCGGCGACAGUAGCUUCACCUGGGACGACGUCUUUCAACUCCCCGAAUCUCCUCAAAAUGACUCUUCUACCCUCUCAGCUUUCUUCGAUAAAAUCAAGCUCUGUAAUCGCAAUUCGGAGAAGCAAUCCGAGUUCAUGCCUUUCGUUAUUGAAGAUCAAAUAAUUGGGUACGUACACCACGUGUUUGCUGAUUAUCUUAAGCCAUUUCAAAAUGUAUUCAUUUUCCCCCAAAAUAAUAGUAGUCAAUGUUGCACUUUACAUCCAAACCUGAGGACACCUGAGGAUCGAACGAAAGCUGUAGCCAAUGUUGUGAAGUCUUUAGGCGAAUUAAUUCCAGGCAUAAGAAAUGAGUUAUAUCCGGUAGUUUCAUCUUUUGGGGAACCAGUAUUUUUCUCGCUGGAACGAGCAGCUGCGCCGUAUUUUGGGAUAAAAGCUUAUGGGAUUCAUAUGAGUGGCUAUGUUGAAAAAAAUGACCAGAAAUUUUUAUGGUUAGCGAAGAGAAGUCCAACAAAAUCCACUUAUCCAGGAAUGCUGGAUCAUUUAGUAGCAGGGGGAUUGCCACAUGGCAUUUCUUGCGGGGAGAAUGUUGUUAAGGAAUGUAAAGAGGAGGCAGGGAUACCGAGGUCUAUUUUGCAUCAAGCUGUGCCAGUUGGAGCUGUGUCGUACGUUGACAUUGAAGGAUAUAGGAUGAAGAGGGAUGUCCUGUUUUGUUAUGAUCUUAAGCUUCCUGCUGAAGGCUUUGUUCCUCGUAAUGAGGAUGGGGAGGUUGAAAGUUUUCGAUUGGUCCCAGUUACACAAGUUGCAAAUGUCAUUAGAAGUACAUCAUUUUUUAAAGCAAACUGUAAUCUUGUUAUUAUUCAUUUCCUUUUCCGGCAUGGGUACAUCAGACCAGAAGAGUUUGGGUACCUGAGGCUACUGCAGAGUCUGAGAAGUGGGUGUUGCUCUUAACUCUUAAGUAUAGUUAGAUGAGCAGUUUCGUCAUUUUUGGGGUGAUUAUGAGCUCUGUAUUGAGGAAAGAACAAGAAGGAAAAAGAAAUAGGCAUAUCAAUGUCUUAACUCUUAUUCGUGCCAAAUUUAAUAAUAUGCUGACGACCAAGUUCAUUAAUUGAUCUUGAAAACCCA